UGGAGCUAGAACUGAUGUUGUGGAUGAAGAUAAUAAAAUUUUACUGCAUUAUGCUAGUAAAUCUGAUAAAGUUGAAAUGCUCAAUUUUUGGAUUAGAAGAAAUUAUGAUGUCAAUGCUUUGGAUAAAAACAAUAGAACUCCAUUGUUUGAUGCUAUAGAUAGUGAUAAUAUUGAAAUCGUUGAAGUACUAUUAAAUAAUGGAGCUAAAACUGAUGUGGUAGAUAAAUCAGGUGAGACUCCACUACACUAUGCUUGUAUGACUGGUAAAGCUGAUAUUGUCAAAUUAUUGAUUACAAAAGGAAAUGCUGAUGCAAAUGCUCUGAAUAAAAGGAGCGAGAAAACUCCAUUGUUUUAUGCUGUUGAUAGUGGUAGUAUUGAAGCUGUUGAUAUUCUAUUGACUCAUGGAGCUAGAACUGAUGUUGUAGAUAAA